AUGUUUGGAAUAAUGAAGACCUCGAACUCUUCGACAGAAACACAACACUCACCCCCACGAAAUGAUGUUAAUCCCACACCCUUUAAGCCUAGCUUUCGAAUAUAUGCAAUUGUCUUCGGUCUGGGAAUUGCAAAUUUGCUGGCAGCGCUUGAGAACACAGUGCUUACCAUCGCAGCACCUGUGAUAUUUACUGACUUACAGCUCGGGGAUAACUUUAUUUGGGUCACCAAUGCCUUCUUCCUUUCCAGUACAGCAAUGCAGCCCCUCUUUGGGCAAUUCUGUAAUGUCUUUGGUCGACGAUAUGUGAUGCUCACUGCCGUGGGCAUUUUUGUGCUGGGAAGCGGGAUCUGCGGGGGAGCCAGCACUGGCGCCAUGCUGAUCGGAGGACGUGCUGUUCAGGGAGUUGGCUCUGGCGGCAUAAUUAUGGUCUCGAGUAUUGUCAUCAGCGACCUAGUGCCUCUCCGCGAACGAGGGAACUUCUCUGCCAUACUCAUGUCCAUAUUUGGCGUCGGAAGUGCCUUGGGCCCCUUCGUCGGUGGCGUCAUCGUCUCCUCAACUAGCUGGCGUUGGGUCUUCUAUAUCAACCUCCCAAUUGGCGGGGUCGCCUUUGGUCUCCUCUUCAUAUUCCUUCGAGUCAAAUACAACAAGGAAAUGACUUUAUGGGAAAAGCUAAAGAAAAUCGACCUCAUCGGUAAUGGCAUCCUCAUCGCCAGUACAGUCUCCAUUCUAUACGCUCUCAGCUAUGCCGGUACCCGCUAUCCCUGGCGCUCAUGGCAUACGCUGGUGCCUCUCCUAAUUGGAUUUCUCGGCCUCUUCAUCUUCGCUUGGGUCCAAAACACCUCCAUAUGUCCCGAGCCGCUCAUGCCAAUGCGCUUCUUCCGUACCCCCACGUCAAUAAUCCUCGCCAUCAACACUUUUUUCUACUCUGCCCUUCUUUACUGGUCCAUUUUCUUUCUUCCCGUUUUAUUCCAAAGUGUUAAACUCUACUCACCCAAACGCGCCGGUGUCGCUCUCCUCCCAAUCUCCCUCCUAGGUAUCCCGGGCUCCAUCGUCGGCGCCGUCGCACUCACGCGCUGGGGACGCUACAAGCCUCUCCAUAUAUUCGCUUUUGCAUUACAAACCUUGGGACUAGGCCUUUUCACACUUCUCAAUGAGAAAACUACCGUUGCUGAAUGGGCCGUGUUCGAAUGCAUCUUGUCCUUUGGCGGCGGUAUGAUUUUCACCAGCUUGCUCCCCGCCUUCCAAGCGUUUAUUCACGAACGAGACCUAGCCGCAUGUACUGCAGCGUGGUACUUUAUCCGUCUUUUCGGGAAUAUCUGGGGCGUGGCUAUCCCCGCGGCCAUCUUUAAUCAACGUAUCGACUCAUUACUUGCCAAGGGCGCGAUAUCUGAUCCACAGGUGUCAAAGAUUAUAUCUGCAGGAGGCGCAUAUCAGGCAGCUUCAGCCAGCUUUGUACACCAGUUUCCUGAGUCGUUGCAGUCAGAGAUUCGGACUCUGUAUAGUCAGGCGAUUCAGCGCGUGUUUCAGGUUUCGAUUGCCUUUUCAGGUGUGGCGUUUCUGUUAUCACUGUUGGAGAAGGAGAUUCCAUUAAGAAAGACCCUGGAGACAGAUUUUGGGCUUGAGAAGGAGCAGACGGUUAGGGAAGGAGAGAGUGAGAACGCCGAGCGGACGUCGGGUUAG